GAAUCUGCUAUUUUAGUUAAGCGUCGAGCUGCAGUAAAUAACACAUGUGGCGUGAUCUUCCAGCAGAACUGAAAGUGAAAAUUCUGCAGUACCUACCAUUCAGAAGUCUGAUGCGGUUUAUGUUAUUGAGCAGAGAGUCGUUUUUGUUGGCCAGUAAAGCAAGAAUCAAAAUGGAAAGGAUUCAGCUCGAGGCCAAAAGAGCAAAUGCAGUUUUCCCCGUUAACAACAUGUGCCUGAUAGUCUUGCGUAAUAUUCCUGGGUCAUAUGAGGAGUAUAAAUUCAAUUUUUUCCCAGAUAGUAUGGGAGGAUGUAUCGUACAGAGAAGUGGAGCGCGUAGCGUGCAUUAUGAUCAGGACUAUGAAUUCACUGCCAUAGAAAUUCUGUUCCACUUCACAGACUUUUUAAACGUGCAGUUUUUGGAAAUUAUCCUACAUUUUCUGACGCCAGGAGUUGCGCAUGCACUGAAAAUGUUUUCCACUUCAACCUUGCUGGCGGAACGGUUCAAACUGGUCACGUCUGAUAGCUCCAUCAUACAUAAACUGCUUCCCUAUGUAGGAAGAAACACAUUUAGUAUUGAAAUAACUGGUGCUCCAAGUACGGAAUUUUUCGAUUAUGAAGUGGUACAAACCGUCCAAGAUCUUCAUGUUUAUCAGAAAGCGGAACUCUUCGACGAACAGCUGAGUCGACUGCAAGCAACUUCAUUGAGUAUCUCUUCACCUCACAUCAACUCAUUCUCCAUCAAUGGAUUAAUCACGCAGUGGCUAAGAGGAGAACGCACAAUUGUCUGUAUGCGUUUUUGCACUACCAAGAUGUUUCUAUGGGACAUCUUACUUGAGGGCAUUGAUCCAGCAAAGAUUGAGGACGUGGAUGUACCUGGAGAGUUCGACAUAACUAAAUCACUUCACAGUGGACAUGGAAAUCUGCGCAUAAGAAAUUCGGGUGGAUAUUGUGAACUGAAAUAUUACUCUUGACAUCCUGUUGUCUAGAAGAUCACUUGGGAUGAGAAUUAACAUCUAUUAUUUCUACACUUUACACUUCAUGUGCUAUGUCGACGACCUAGAACAGAGUGUAUUUUUAUAUUUAUUUUAUGUGUUACGCACAAGGCGUGCCAUAAGCGGAGC